AUGAAGGCUAUCUUCGCAGCCCUCGCGGUCUUCUCCGCUCAGCUCGUCGCAGCUCACUACACUAUCCCCGACCUCAUCGCAAACGGGACUACCUUCGCUGAUUGGCUGUACGUCCGCGAGACAGAGAACCACUACUCCAACGCGCCGAUCACGGACGUCAACUCGACAGAGUUCCGCUGCUAUGAGCUCGACAUGGACGGCACCCCCGGUCAGACUAGCAUCGCGACCGUGGAAGCCGGCUCCACUAUCGGCUUUAAAGCGAACGACGACUUCUACCAUCCAGGUUACUUCGACGUGUAUAUGAGCCCUGCCUCUCCCGCGGCCAACAGCCCUGAGGCGGGCACCGGUCAGACCUGGUUCAAGGUUUGGGAGGACCUACCUACCUUUGAGAAUGGACAGCUCUCCUUCCCCCUCGAAACUAGCGACCAGUUCACUUUCACAAUCCCGAAGAACCUGCCCAGCGGCCAGUACCUCAUUCGCGCAGAGCAGAUUGCCCUGCACGUCGCCUCGACCUACGGGGGCGCUCAGUUUUACGUCAGCUGCGCCCAGGUUAACGUCGUAAAUGGCGGUGAUGGCACACCUGGACCGCUCGUUUCCAUCCCUGGUGUCUACACGGGCUACGAACCGGGCAUCUUGAUCAACAUCUACAACUUACCGGAGGACUAUCCUGGAUACACGGCCCCUGGACCGGCGGUCUGGAGCGGUUAA